AUAUUCUUCAACUUUAAGGGAUAAUACCACAUAAAUGGAGAUAAGUAUUAAUGCAACCUUGUUUUUCUCCUGAACCGUGCUCUUGAUUUUUACAUAGGCAGACUGAUGGGAACUCCUGAAAAGCCUUACCAUGCAUAUAAAUAAGAGACAAGGCUCAAGUAAUAUGAAGACGAUCAAAUUGAAACAAUUACUCUCGUGGUUCCUUUUGCUCGGUGUAGUAAACCUAAGCAUCCAGCAAGUGUCCAGUGGCAACCAAAGCUCUCGAGGACCGAGAAGAUCAUCACAGGAGAGAACAGGGAUUUGUGAAGUGGUUACUGCUCAUCGCUGCUGCAAUAAAAACAAGAUUGAAGAGCGCUCUCAAACAGUCAAGUGUUCUUGCUUCCCAGGACAGGUAGCUGGGACAACAAGGGCACUGCCCUCUUGUGUUGAAGCUUCCAUUGUGCGUCAGAAAUGGUGGUGUAAAAUGGAGCCCUGUCUGCAGGGGGAGGAGUGUCGAGUUCUCCCUGACCUCACUGGUUGGUCAUGCAUCUCAGGGAACAAAGUGAAGACCACAAAGGUGGCACGGUAGCAAGACAGAAGCUUCUGGAAAAGAAUUAAAUUCUCACCUGACAUGCUGGAGUCAACUUCAGACAAAGCAGAGGAAAAAAAAUAACGGCUAUUAAAUUAAAUACCUCUUGGCUUGGCAUAAAAACUGCAGAA